CUAAGCAUUAUCCAUUCUCUAUAAAAAUUUCGAUUCUUCAAACCACAACUUUCAAAGUCAAUACAUUUCAACUACAAUCUUAACAAAAUGUUCUUCAAAACUCUCCCGCUCGCUGCCUUGGCUGCCGUCGUCCUCGGCUUACCUGCUCCGCAGCAGUCCAGCAUAACCACGGGAACCCCGGGCUCGGUUCCGACAAGUCUACCUCAGCCGGGAGAUUCGAAUGGUGGUUCGCCCUCAGCUAUCAGCGGCAACCCCCCUAUUCCUUCCGGUCUCACGCUGCCUGCUGGUGGUAGUUUUACCGGCCCGCCGAGCGGCUUCCCGACUGAUCUUCCCAGUGGCCUCCCGACUGAUCUCCCCAGCGGCUUCCCGACUGGUAUUCCCAGCGGCUUCCCGAGCGACUUUGCUAGCGGUCUUCCGACUGGUCUUCCGAGUGGCUUCCAAAGCGACUUUGCUAGCGGCUUCCCUGCAAGCCGCCCAACUGAUCUUCCUUCUGGGUUCCCUAGUGGUCUUCCUAACGGUGGUGUUCCUACUGGUACCCCGACUGGAGUCCCUACUGAUGCCCCGACUGGCGUCCCAGUUCCCUCUGGCUCGGCAUAGAGGAUUUACGACAAUAAGAUAGCGCCAAAGGUUAUGACGAGAAGGGAUCUUUUGCAUACGAUUACCUCGGGGGUCAUUCUUUGAUACUCUCGUUUUCGUCCGAGUCCAUUUCGAGAUAUAACAGUCCUGCUUGAGUUUCGUUGGUUGUCAUUCGUUAUUGGGUUAUAGCUGGAUAAAGGAGUGGUCUGUAGUUAUUCUGGCAAUACUACUAUCGUAUUACCGGUUAGAAUAAAAAAUAUAGAACGAUGUUCCAAAUGUGCUCAGUGCGUAGUAUAUCAUAUGUGACUGCAUGAUAGUUGAUACGGAUACCAGGGGAUCGCUACUUCUGCUCAAUGA